UGGGCAAAAAAUUGGUAUUAAAAGAACUUUUUGCACAGGAUCCUAACCGUUUCGAUACUUUUUCACGUCACUUCAGAGGUGAACGUACUGAUGCCUCUAUCCUACUCGAUUUUUCGAAAAAUAUCAUCACCAAUGAUACUUUUUGUGAACUCAUUAAACUCGCACGUGAGGCUGACGUAGAGGGAUUCAGGGAUAAAAUGUUUAACGGAGAACACAUUAAUUUUACCGAAGACCGUGCCGUAUUACAUAUUGCUUUAAGAAAUGUUUCUAAUAUUCCAAUUCAUAAUAAUGGAGUGAAUGUCGUACUAGAAGUAAAUGAAGUCUUGGAACAAAUGAAAAAUACUUCAAAUGCUAUCCGUGAGGGACGAUGGACUGGGUACACGGGUAAAGCAAUAACCGAUAUUGUUAAUAUUGGUAUCGGUGGUUCAGAUCUUGGUCCCGUGAUG